CUUACCAAUGCGCUUGGAAAAGGAAGCAAAACAGCUGUAUGACAGACGUGUGAAGAGAUCUGGGCGAGAUCUGGUGGGUGAGGCAAGAUCAUGGCGUUUCCCGUCGUCAAGCUGAUGAGUGUGCUCGUCAAGCAAGUGUCAAAACCCAUGUGAGCAACCUGACAACAAACAGCCACGCCACCGAUGCAUCACUGGGAUGAACAAUGCUCUCUUGGUUGGUUGGUUUGUGUGGGUGACUGCACUGCACAGGGCCAAGUACAUGCAGCAGCGGGCAGUCAACAACGCCUGGUUCCGCAACGCUUGCAUCGCCUUUGCACAGACCUACCACAGGGGCGAGCAGUGGGUGCUCAGGUACAACCACAUCAUGGCUGUGACUGAAUGGCGAUUUAUCAACAAUGCAUUGGGAUGAUUGUGUGUUCACUUAGGUCAUUCUACGACCAGAAGCUGACGGCGACUUACAUCCGGCCUCUCAAUGAGGCGAAGGCCAUUGAGGUCGGCACCGACAUGCUCGGGUGAGUCCGAGGGUGGGUGGGUGGGAAAGAUGAGAACAGCAGACAUGCACAGAGAGAGCUCUCAUUCUUUGAUUCUCUGCCCCUCCCUCAGUGAGAUUGUCGUUUUUUCCAUUGUCGGUGGUGCUGUGUUGUGGGAGUACCGGAGGUCAGCGGCCAAAGAGGCCGACAAGGAGAGGAAACUACAGACCAAACUCGGCAACCUGCAGGUCCGGCCGCCACGGCACUCACAUGAAGCACAUCACAAUGAUACUUCGUGCAGUGCUUGAGUGGUGCUUUGGGAUGUGUUGUGUUGUGUUGUGUUGUGCAGGAGCAGAUCAGCGUGCUCCAGAGUGAAAAUGACCGGCUGAUGGGGGCCGUCUUCCCCAACGUCGACCACGUCAGGCCAGAGCUGCCCGUAUACAGGCAGAGCAGAAGUGAGGGCAAAGAUAGACACAUCUGCCUUUGUUUAAAAACUCACCCGGUUCUUGUUGCCUUCGCACGCAGGCUGGCUCUGGCGGACACUCUUUGGCGAUCAGCAACGGACACAGCCAGAGGAGGACUCAGUCGACACUGAUGCAUCAGCACCAGCACCGGAGGCCUCUCCACCACCUCCUGCCACAGCCUCUCCACGCAAUCCAAGCGUGUCCCCACCAGCACAUGCCACCAGCAGUGCCUCCCCAAUCAAGCCGGUGCCGAGCCAGACAUCGCGAGUGCCGCCGGGCGGGGCUGCUGGUGGAUCGUCCCCUGACCAUGGUUUAUCGACAGAGGAGACAAGCGCCGUUAGAGGUAUCAAGUGGGUGGCUGACAGAGGCAAGAUCGUCACUUGUGGGUGUCGUUUCGAGUCCUGACUGGGUGAUGGAGUGUCGUUGAGGGAGCGGCCGCAGCCUGAGGUGGCUGCUUGAUGAAUGAGUGCCGUUUUUUGGGUUUGCUUUUUUUGCCAUGGGGCGUGCCAUGAAUUAUGCGUUCGUGUAGAU